UUUUCCCGGAAGGAAUUGGUUGGCAUUGGCAACGUUGCGGCUGGCGGAGGCCUAUGCUACCCCACAACAGGCAAAUUCAAAUAAACGGAGACAAAGACGUUGUUGGUGGCUAGAAUCAAACAAGAAAAUUAAACGGUUGUCUUGCUUUAACUUUAAUCUACGGCAAUCUCCUGACUUGCGAUCUGGUGAGGGACAGGACCAACUCAGCACACUGUCUGCACAGAGAACGAUAAAAAAAACAAAGAAUAGCCUGUUCUGUCUGAAUUCCCACAACCCCAAGAAGCGAGAGGAGACAGGCCAGUUACAGAUAUGACCAGCUCCUCAGCACCCAGAAUGCUUCACAAUUACAGACGAACGUCAAGCCCUCGGUCCCCCACAAACAUGGGAGAACUGUUCACCCCUGCACAUGAAGAAAACGUGCGGUUCAUCCACGACACCUGGCAGUGCGUGCUGAGGGAUGUAAGGUCCGUGCAGAGCUGUGAGCGCAGCGAUCGAGGCCCCCAGGAGUACGUGGAGAAGAACCCAAACCCAGCCCUGCACACAUUCACACCAGUCGAUUUGAGUGACAUCAGGAAACGGAACUCACAAGACUCCAGGAAGUCUUAGUCCUCUACGUUUUUCUAUGUUUCGGCCACUUCUUUUCAGGAAAAUGCUCUUCCUUCAUUCAUCCACCAGCCAGCCAGCCUGACAGCCCAAGCCCAGAAGGCCCUUCCAUCCUCUGCCUAGCAGGCGAAUGGCCUUCCCCUGACCUCCUCCUCUCCCAGCAGAUUGCCAGCCAUUACCCCAUUCUCAAUACCUCUGGAGGUGUCUCUCCACCUGCCCCUAUCCACUACCUCCUUCUACCAAACUGUCUGUCUGUGUUCUGGCUCUGCCCCUGGUUUUGUCCACUGGGGAAGUAGGAAGAGCUGCAAGGCUGGCAUGUCAUUUUCAGGGACUUUCACUUCUCUGUGUGAUUUCUUAAAAAAAAAAAAUAGGAAAGAUGUCAGUGGGACAGAAGUGGAGACUCAUGGGAAAGUAGCGCCAAUUAGCUGAUAGUUGAGAGCAAACAGUAAACCACACACAACCAGACAAAACAAGGAUUGCAGAAUCUUGCAAUAGGUGGAUUAUAACUGGGAGGUCCACACUUUUUUAGAAGGAAUUGUGAUCUCAUCUCAGUAUAUGUUGCUAAUUUCACUAUUCCUGAACAAAAGUAUGUUUCCCUAGUAUAUCGCCAUCAAGCUUCUCUAGCCACAAACAAAAAUCAAAAGGUAAUGCACACAGGUUUGUGCAGUUGGACUUUGGUGUGGUCUAGCACAGGGAGGCGCAUUCAGCAGAAAUUCUAGUUAGUCCUUAGUGAGGAAUGGAAAAGUUCUGGUCCGGGUACACCACUCAUCCUGACAGAUUACCCACACUUCCAGGAUAUUUUGCCACAGUAGAGUUACUUUGGUUAGGUUUGUUGUUCAGUUGGACAACACUGAUCCCUGAUCAGAGCCUUCUGUCAUGUAAACAUUUACUGUACUCUUCUUGUAAUUUAACCCUAAAUAUUUGCCCUCUGUCCUGUCAGAAGAGUCUGUAGUCCCUCAGAUCCAUUGAAAAUUGAUAAUUUAACCAAAGUACAAAUUUGUCAGUGACUCCUGAGUUAUGUUACCCUGGGUUCAUUGUCCUCAUGCAUGUGGCAUAAGGCUCGCAGUUCUUAGUUGCAUGGUGUUGGCUGUGUUGUUUGACUCUGUUGUUUUGCUCAACAAGCACUCCCUGAAUAAAUCUCCCCUGGGGUAGCUGAGUUCACCCAGUGUUCUCUCUGGGUCCAUGGGACAUCCUCACAUUUGUGUGCUGCACGCUUCUGCUCCCAAACCAUGCAGGGUUCCCAAAGGCACUUCAUUAAGUGUGUGCCUCCCACUGGGACAGUGCCAGGACUACCGAAAAAUCUGGGAGAGUCUGCCAGCACCGUACGGUUUGAGUUUCCACAGUCUUUUAACACGAAGUGUGGCAGUAUACUGACCUACAUGAGGUCACAUGUGGAAGGGAUCACGCUUUAAAAAGUUCUUGAUUCUUCAGAACUGUGGCAGUAUACAGCAUUGGUGGAAGAAGUGGUUCUUGAUGUAGUGGUCAUGUUUUUUUUAUUUUUAUUUUAUUUUGUUCAAUACAUAAAAAAGGAGAACAAAAACAAUCACUGCUGGUAGCAGGUAGUAAUUCAAACACAUGUCAAGGUACUUCAUGUUGUAAGGUAACCCCCGUCCAAGGCCUGGUCUGUGGGACCAAAGCCACCCAGAUUUUUCUUGGAUCACAAGAGAUAAAAUUCAGUGGAAACACAGACCCAAUGAGCAUUACAUUUGCCUGUCAGAUGCUUUUAUCCAGGGAAAUGUACAUUUUGACAUGUUAGUUGUUUGUAUGGCAGGAUAUUUACUGAGGCAAUUUGGAUUUUGUCCCCCAGGGGGAAUCAAACUAGUACCCUGUGGAUUUUCCAGCCCUCCUCCUUACCACCAUGCCACACUGAUGUAGAAAUGUGCUCGUACAGGUUGGUGCAGAAAACGCUACUCAAGUGUCAGAUAGGAUUACUCCCAUGUGUGCUGGAAGGAGAUGGAGAGGUGUGAGCUGUAGGAUCAAUACUACAUGCAAAACAAUCCACUUGCAGGUACUAAUUGCAGAUGUGAGCUUAAGUUGCUGCUUCCCAAGUGAGUCCACUGACCUGGAAAUGUCUUCAUCUUUUGGGAAAUUGCUUUGAGCCACAUCCAUCAUUCAUAUAUGUUUAAAGACUGUUUAGGAGCGUACUAUGAAAUGGAUGUGAUUCCAGCACAUGACCCUGAGAUUUUCUUUCCAAAUGUUGGCAUUCUGUCCACAGAAAAUAAGACGAGAGGUGGAAGUUGUAAAUUUACACACUUUUCACUGUCCAAACAGGAAGCCUUUUAUUUGGAAAGAAGGACCAAUGCA